AUUACUCAAAUUAUGGCGGAUGCAAAUCCAAUCCAAAGGCACCAUCCCUGCAGUUUGUCAAUGACAGAGAGAAUAUCCGACAGUACCUCCGUGACCUCUCUGAGGCAAAAAUGAAAAAGACAACACAGCAGAAUUACCUCAAGAGCUUGAAACGAUUCCUGGUUUUCCACAGUGUCCAAACCAACCUGAGAAAUCAGGAUAAAGAGUGCCAGCACUUCAUUGCCUUCAUUGGUUCUUUGCAGCGCAUCCUUGCCAAGCACUCAAAGAAAGAGAUCACCCAAAAGAGGCAUAGCAUGUUGAUUGACAAAAAUCUGUUGUCGACAAAAAACUGCUUGGCUGUACUGGAGGCGUCCAAGAAGGAACCCUGGAAGGACGAGAUGGAUGGAGAAGAACGAUUCUUCCUCUCCACCGCAGGGAGGCAGAUCCACAGUGCCUCCAAUGACCUGUCUUGUUGGCGAAAGGUUUAUGAGCGUUGGGAGAAGAGGCAGUUGAAACUGCGACAAGAAUGUGUGCGCUCACACUUCCCUUGGCGUCAGCCAACACAUAAGCGGCUCGAAGAAUGUGUUGCAAAGCAGGCGUGGGCGGGUAAAACUGGUAGCCAACGACUUCUUGAGAGGUGGACACCCUCUGGAUCCGAGGAUAACAUCAUGGACUGCAAACAGAUUCAGACACUUGUGAGGAGGACUCCCGUAGUCUGCCAGGCAUCAGCCUUCAGACAUUCUGUCGCAUGUCCCAGACCUGGUGAAAUGUAACUGAAUUGUCUUGGCCAGCUCUGCCUCGAUCUUCAUCUGAAUUCAUCCCUGUAGCCAAAUUUACCUGGGGGGUGCACCGGGGUCGGUGCACAGCCGGGGAAGGUGUCCCCAUGUUCCUGUGAGGGAGCCCCCGUCCCCGGGACCGCAUAAUGUCCCCACAGAUGAGGGAUUUCGGUUAAGUGACAUCGCGACUUAACGAGACGAAAUAACGUUAUAACAUUUCGUCUCAUUUUGGUCAACGAAAAUGAAGAGACGUUUUAGCAUAUUUUUUAUUUUGUCAACCACAUUUAGUCACGUUUUUAUUUGUUUACAAUGAUGCAUUAUUUAUUUAAUUAUAGUUAUCUUCAUAUGACCUGCAUUUGCGUUGCAUCUCAUCUCAUUUUUAUCACGUGGGUUUGUUGAAGACAAUAUUUAGUCAUAAUUUUCGUUGAUGAAAGCAACACUAGUGUGUAGGAGGCAGAGGUGGUGAGUGUGGAAUAUAGCUUAUUAUAGCUUAAAUCACAUUUACAGUCUGAUUUAUUUAAUUAUAUAUGCAGGGCUCGUGGCAGGCUCCACAACCGAGUUCUGUCUGAGUUCGAAUCGACGGCAGGGAUGAGGCGCCAAUCACUGAGCUAUUUUACUGGUGGUUUACUCUGUUCUAUUUUAGUUGACAGAGCUAGGAAGACACUGUGACUGAAUAGUGUCAGAGGGAUUCGAAGCUGGGUUGCUUUUCCUCCUGAACCCAGGUUUUCCAUCCUCCUCUCUCCUUCUGGUUUACACUUAAUGAAGCAAGUGUUGCAGGAAGGAGUCGAACCCGGGUCCAUGCCGGCGCUAUUCACUGAGCCAGCCGACGCCCAAUACUUUUGCAUGUCUUUGUUUGCCCCAUUUUUAUUUUUAUUCAGUGAGCUGCGUUCUUAUUUCAAUUAAAGCGGUGGGGGGGGCGACUCUAUUCACUGAGCCAGCCGACGCCCAAUAUUCUUGCAUGUCCUUGUUUGCUCCGUUCUUAUCGAAUUCCGGGAUCUUGCACUGAUCUGUUAUGGUGCUGUCACAUGCUGUGUCAGAGAGAAUUCUGGGAUCUCGCUCUUUCCUUCUCUGGCACGACCGUGACUGAAGCAAUGUCAGAGGGAUUCAAAGCCGGGUUUCUUUUCCUCCCUCUCUCCUUCGAGACCCGUGUUUCCCAUUCAACCCUCCUGCUGUACACUUAAUGAAGCAAGUGUUGCAGGAAGGAGUCGAACCCGGAUCCACGCCGGCGCUAUUCACUGAGCCAGCCGACGCCCAGGUCAUGUCUUUAUUCGCCUUGUCCAGGUUGUGCUUUUUCUGUAAAAAAUAUUUGUAUGGCACUUUCAGGCUUUAUUGAUAUUGCCAUCUGGUAUGGUGCUGACCCGGGUCUCUUCUGGCUCUGUCACGACUUUGACUGAAGGAGUGUCAGGGGAAUUCGAGCCCGGUUCCACGGCAGCGGGGGCGCCGGCGCUACUCACUGAGCUAUUCGUUGCCCAAUAUUCUUGCAUGCCCAAUAGUGUUGCAUGUCGCGGUUUGCUCAGUUCUUAUUUCAAUUGACAGAGCGAAGAAGUCGGUCGCUCCUUCUCUGGCACGACUGUGACUGAUGCAGCGACGGAGAUUCGAAGUCAGGUUUCGAUUGCUCCCUCUCUCUUUCUGCUUCACACUUAAUGAAGCAAGUGUUGCAGGAAGGAGUCAAACCCGGGUCCACGCCGGCGCUAUUCACUGAGCCAGCCGAUGCCCAGGUCAUGUCUUUAUUCGCCUUGUCCAGGUUGUGCUUUUUCUGUAAAAUAUAUUUGUAUGGCACUUUCAUGCUUUAUUGAUAUUGCCAUCUGGUGUGGUGCUGUCACAUGCUGUCUCCGACUUUUGGGAUCUCGCUCUUUCCUUCUCUGGCACGACCGUGACUGAAGCAGUGUCAGACCGUCUUUCCCAUUCACCCUCCUGCUGUACACUUGAUGAAGCAGUUCAGUGGUAGACCUGUCUGUCUGAGUUUGAAUCAACGGCCCGGAUGAACGGUUUUCUUCGUUCUUAUUUCAAUUGACACCUCCCUCUCUCCUUCGAGACCCGUGUUUCCCAUUCAACCCUCCUGCUGUACACUUAAUGAAGCAAGUGUUGCAGGAAGGAGUCGAACCCGGAUCCACGCCGGCGCUAUUUACUGAGCCAGCCGAUGCCCAGGUCAUGUCCUUGUUGGCCUUGUCCAGGUUGUGCUUUUUCUGUGAAAAAAAAUUCGUAGGGCACUCUCAUGCUUUAUUGAUAUUGCCAUCUGGUAUGGUGCUGUCCCAUGCUGUGUCAGAGGGAAUUCUGGGAUCUUCAGAUUAGGGAUGCACCGAUCCGAUAUUAGGAUCGGGAUCGGCUCUGAUAUUGACUAAUUAGCAGGAUCGAUAUUUAUACGUCGACCUCCGCUUGUGUAGAGAGCGCGUACACGUGAAGACGUACCGCACGUGGAGAAAGAAAAAAAGGAUCAUAUCCCGCGCACACACACCAGCUUGAAAUAUCCAAGUAAGUCAGAUAAUUAUGACAUGGCCCGCACCAAAAGGUGGCAAAGUGACUGGACUGAUGAGAUUUGAUUUAUUUUACCGGACCAUGCCGACGCUGAGAGUGACAAAGUGACAGCUGACGCGCUCUCUCUCCCUCUCUCUCUCUCUGUUUAAGUGUGUGUGUCACACAGUCGCUCACUUUGCUCUUCUUGAGGUGAAGGGUUGUGCAGAUGCUGCUGACAGCUGUAUUUGUGGACAUUUUGCAGAUGGGUUUAAAAAUCUGCACUAAUGGUAUUGAUGGCAUGCAUAUCUGUGUGCCUCUUGCUAUAGUGUUAUUAAUAAAUGCUUUUUGCUGUUGUGAAUAUCAGAAUAUAUCCCACACACCUGGGACCUUUUGAACUACUGCUCCCUCAUUCUCUUCCUUUAUGUCGAGCCUCUAUGUGUGUGCUGUAAAUUAAAAUUUACUUCUUACUUGAGUCACAGAUGCAAAAAGGUGUGAGCCUGCCAGGGUGGUUUUAUUUUUUUAUUUGUUUUUAGCGUUGGUGUAUAGAAGAACAUUUAAACCCCUGAUCUUAAUAUUGUAGUGAAGAGCUUAUAUAAACAUACAUUAACUUUACUAUAUAGAGUUUGAACUGCAGAUAUAUUUUAAUUUGAAAAAUAUAUAUUUAUAAUUGUCAUUAUAGUUAUCAUUCUUGAUGUGGACGGCACAUUAUCCAUUGUAUCUCAUCCACUGUACCUCCUUCCAUUUUGUGUGGAUAGGCUUAAUGGCCAUCGUCAGCUACAGGUAACCCUCCCCCACACUGCAGACAGUCAAGGUCUGGCACAGAUUCACACUGUUUCAAGUUACUCACUUCUCAGAAGCACAAGAAAGAUUUAUUAUAUUUUCUACAAAUUGGACUCAUGUUGAAUGUUUUCAUUGUAAAUAGUGUCUAAUGUAACAAUAAAAUUGCAAGAGAGCUUUAAAAA